UGAUACAACUUCAGUCUGCGCCAACCGAUUAGUCUCAGCAGUUACAACACUCCGAUGCCCCCAGCGUCAUUAGGCAAGGCUAUCAGAGCAGGGUUUCUCGCCGUUAGCCCUGAUCCAAUACAGCCUGCCGGGGAUUUCCUGCGUGUGUGAUCGUGGUUCCUUUCCGGGCUCUGGGAGGCAAAUACUGUACUAGGAAGUCGGUAAACUUGCAAAUUCGCGAAAUUCAACGCCACUUGGAGCAGUUUCGUCAAACGCGCAGCUGCUGUGUUUUUUCUUCUCAGAUUCAAAAAUGGCAAAGAAGUUGCUGCUCGUCGACGUCGACUGUGGCGUGGACGACGCCCAGGCCAUUAUGAUGGCUCUCGCAACCCCUCAUGUACAAAUCCUGGGUAUAACGUGCUGUCACGGAAACACCACAAUUGACAAUGUGUGCAGGAACGUGCUCCGAGUGCUUAAAGUUUGCCACAGGUCAGAGAUCCCCGUGUACCGAGGUGCCGUUGCCCCGCUUGUUAAAGAUGGGUUCACUGCGGAGCAGUACCACGGCAAGGAUGGUCUGGGUGACGUUCCCGACCCAGACACUCCAGGGCUGGAGAACAUACAAGCUGAGCAUGCGGUGAAUGCCAUGAUACGGAUUGCAACCACGUACGCUGGCCAGGUAUCUCUUGUGGCAAUUGGACCCCUGACAAAUGUUGCCCUGGCUUCUAAAAUGGAUCCCACAUUCCUAUCGAAGUUAAAACAUUUGUACAUCAUGGGGGGAAAUAUGGAAAGCAGAGGGAAUGCGACAAUGUGUGCUGAAUUUAACUUUGCGGCUGAUCCCGAAGCAGCUUAUACCGUCUUGAAUCAUUUUAUGUGCCCCACCCACAUCAUCACUUGGGAAUAUUGCCUUCACCAUCCUCUGCCUUGGGAGUGGGUAAAUCAAGGCACGGAGAAGGCUUCCUUCCUGAAGAAGAUAACGGCACACUGUGAAAAAUUUGCCAAGGCCAAGCAGGAAGAGGGACUGUUAUAUAUUUCACCUGGCUUUAUCACCUGUGAUUGUUUUGCAAUGGCUACAGCGAUAGAUGAGAGUGUUGUUACUGAACACACCGAGGUUGGAGUGAGUGUGGAGUUACAGGGGUCACUGACCAGAGGGAUGAUGGUCCUGGAUAAACAAAACAUAAUGAGAAAACAAAAUCGAGCUUUCAUUGCAACAAAAUGUGAUAUGGAGAAGAUUAAGCAGCUUAUAAUGUCUGCUACAAAAUGAGCAUCCUUUAAAAGCAACAUUAGCAACGUAGUCUCUUACUGACUUAGCAAAGUGCUUACUUCUCUGCCAUUGGCUUUCUUGUUUCCUCCUGAAUGGACUGGGAAGUCUCAAUCCACCUCAAUUUCUUUGUAACCCGUCCAAGUUGUUUCUCCUCCCCCAUUGACUGUUGCGCCACCACCAAAUUUGACUCUGUCCUUGCUUAGAAUUCUAGUCAGGUUCUAACGUUCAAAGUAUAUUUUAUUAUCAGAAUUUUGUUAUCAUAGAAAAGCACAGCACAGAAGCAGGCCCUUUGGCCUAUCUAGUACAUGUCAAAAGUACAUUUAGAAUGCAAAGUAACAUCUUUGAAAAAUCCUCCAACAUCCUCUUCCAGAUGACUCUCCCCAGCCCUGAAACCCCUUAUCACACUCAAUUAACACCAGUCAGCAGGGCCAGGCAUGUCAGUCGGGUACCUUACUCCAAGUGUCUAUCUCAGAAAGAGAUUGCUGAGGAAACAAAGCAGAAGAUUCAAAGGUGCCUUCAAAGCUUUCUUGUUAACUUUCCAAAUAACUUCUAGUGCAGCUGUUCCAACCACUGCACCAUAGCACCGGAGAUCCAGCUUCAUUCCUGACCUUGAGGGCUGUCUGGGUGAGGUUUGCAUGUUUGGCCCUCUGACCGUGUGGCCUUUCUUCCACAUCCCAAAGUUGUGUGGGCUAGUGGUUUAAACUUGCAUACUGUAAACUUCCACUAGUAUGCUGGAGAGUGUAGCAGUUAGAACAGUACCUAUGAUUGUUCCGGAGUUCAAUUCCUGCUGCUGUCUGUAAGGAGUUUGCACAAGCUCUCCUUGACCCUGUGGAUUUCCUCCGCAAGCUCUGGUUUCCUCCCACGUUCCAAGGUGAACUGGCUGGGCCUAGUAAAUUGUGGGGAUGCUACAUUGGUGCCAGGAGCAUGGAGACAAUAGCUGGCUGCCCCAGCAGAAUUCAUGAACUAUGCUGGUUGCUGACACAAACUGCCUUUUCUUACUGUAUAUUUCGAUGCUUUGAUGAACAUGUAAUAAAUGAAUCUUAACUAAUCUUUACGCUUGAGUGGUGC